UAUUUGAGCCAGUUAUUCUAGUUACGCUCUGGUUUUGCUUUACUGCAACUGUCACUUUUUUUUACUUUCCACUUGACCAAGAUCCGUCUGCCUGUCUGUUUCACAACCAGAAAGUCACAUAUAUCUGAGCAAUUUGAUUUCUUUCAUCAGACCCUGUAAGUCAUUACUUAGUUUAAUGCCGCAUUACCUCAAGUGACCCAUGUAGCCAAAGGCCCUGGAAGCUCACCCAGGUGUUUCCAGUUACUGUGGUUGAUUAGACCUUGUUGGGGGACACCUGGUUUGUGUGUGUGGGGCACUAAAAAAAAAAGGCACUAAAAGGCAUUAAUACAAGACGGAAUGACAAGGCACAAUGAAAAAGACACAGAGGUUUUAAAAAGAGGAACGUGAAAUACAGGGGUAGUGGAGGCAGUGUCACAUGCGAGCGGUACCUCAUACUGUCAAGUGACAAGAGACAAGACAAGAUGGAUGACAUAGAUGCCAUGUUCAGCCACCUGCUCGGGGAGAUGGAUCAUCUCUCUCAGAGUUUAGCGCACGCGGCGGACGCCCCAGAUGUGGAUCCUGCCCAGCAGAGACAGAACACCUUCUCCGUCGGCUUCGCGGACUUAAAUGAGUCUCUUCAUAACCUCGAGGACAACGACCUGGAUGCUCUGGUGGCCGACCUCGGAUCAAAAUCGACCAACAAUGCUUGCGGUGUUACAGAUCAUCAAAUGGAAACAUCGGCCAAGACUCAGGAGAGAGAGCCAGCAGCUGCUCCUCUGAAACCAGCGAAGACAGCUGAAUUCUCUGCAGCGAUGCAGAUGUAUGAACACCAGACCAAGGCUGACAAAAUUAAAUUGGCUCUGCAGAAGCUGAAAGAAGCCAAAGUGAGGAAGCUGAUAGUGAAGGUGCUGAUGGGUGACGGCAGCUCCAGGACAAUAAUGGUGGACGAGAGACAGACGGUGCGAGAGGUUUUGGAAAAGCUGUUUGAGAAAACGCACUGUGACGGCAGCAUCGACUGGAGCCUGUGUGAGACCAACCCCGAGCUGCAGAUCGAAAGGGGCUUUGAGGACCAUGAAUAUCUGGUGGAGCCGCUGUCUGCGUGGACUCGCCACAGCGAGAACAAAGUCUAUUUUGUGUCAAGACCUCAGAAGUAUGUGAUGUUCAGGGACCCUCAGCUGUUUUACAUGUGGAAAAAGAAGAAAGCAUCUUUGAGUGGGAUAAACGAGCAAGCCAAACAGCUGCUAGUCAAGGAAAAUUUUGGAGGCUCCGCUCUGAUUGUUCCCGACCUUGAGGGCACGCUAUACCUGAAGGAAGAUGGGAAGAAGGUCUGGAAGCCUCGCUACUUCGUGCUCAGGGCCUCCGGCAUCUACUACGUCCCCAAAGGAAAGACCAAGUGCUCCACCGAUCUCGUCUGCUUCACCCGCUUUGAAAAAGUCAGCAUCUACUCCACCAACAGUUACAGGCAGAAAUACAGAGCUCCCACAGACUUCUGCUUCCUGCUGAAGCAUCCCUGCAUCCAGAAGGAGUCGCCCUACAUCAAAUUCCUGUGCUGUGACGAUGAACACACUCUGUUGCUGUGGGUCAACUCCAUCAGAAUAGCCAAGUAUGGGACUGUCCUGUAUCAGAACUACCAGGCUGCAGUGAAGACAGCAUCCACUUGGCAAACUGUAAACAAAGCCAACAGCCAUGUUGAAGAUGAUCCACAUGAGCCUCCACCCAACUUCAUCCCUCCUCCUCCUCCUGGACAGUCACAUGUUUGAGACACAUCUUCGCCCCCUUCUGUGGUUCAGGUUGGACUUCAGCUAUCCUCGUUUCCACAGACUAUGUUCACACGGCAGCCAUUUUCCUCCUCCUCAUCACUCUCAGGGCGGGAAGCUCAACAGUCGUACUGCUCUAUUUCAGGUUUAAAUGUAGGAAUUGUGACAAAUAGUAAUCAUUUCACCACAUCGCUACUUCAUAUUGGUCAGCAACCUUCAAGAUGAUGGAUUGUGAAAAUCCAGAGGGACACUGACCUGUAUUUCAAAGUAAAACAACAUCAGCUAACAAUAACAUCAACAUGUAACCCAUAUUGUAAGAGUUACAAGAUAUGAUGGGAAAGGCACAUUCUUCACAUCUUGGACAUAUUUAUUGAGCGCACUGGAUCUAAUCAAACCAUAACAUUAGCUUGGAAGUUGUUGAAUGCUAACGUUCGCUAACAUGUUAUCAGAUUCAGAUAUCAGAUCAGAACAGCAUAACAUUUCCAAGCAACCCUGAGCCUUCCAACCCUGAGCGUGACGUCAAAGGAAAAUGUCUGACAUGUGAAUACUGACAAUUUAGCCACGACUGUGUACACAUUUGAACAAAUGUCCAACAUGGAGCCACAGAUGUGAUGUUUGAGUAAUGCACACACAGAUGUUGUUACAUACCUAUGAUGCAUAAGAACAUAUUUGAAAUGCUUGUUUAUUUAUUUUAAGAUGCACACUGAUAUUUAUUUGUACUUUGUUUUGCAUAAACUCGACUUUGCAUAAACUUUUCACGCUUCACUACGCACAAAACGCACACAUCUGUUCAUUGUUUCAAUGAGCUGUUUAUUACAAAAAGACUGUACAUAAAUUUCAAUGAACACAUCCUAUGUACAAACUGAGAGGAGAAGACAAAUAUUGGAUUCUGAUCCCAUGAACAUUUAAGUUACUGACCCCCCCCCCCCCCCCCCGACCACUACCACCACCACCACCCUCGCCUCCCCCCAUGUUUCAUCAUUAAGAAAGCACACAUCAAAGAAAGGCGCCUUGACCUGUGAUGCCCUGAAAUGCUAGACGUUAAGUGGUAAACAUUACAAAGUUCUCUGCACAUCAGUGGUUGUCUCAUGAUUUCUCUAUGAAAAAAGUAUAAAUUAAUCCUUUACAUACAAACUGCUAGCGAACCUUCCUUCAGCAGUCUCUGACACAUAAACGACGCAAAAGCUAGAAAUACGUUAGGUAGAAAAAAGUUUCCUCACAAAAAAAUGACGUCAUGAUGGAAAAAAUACAAUCAAGAAUGGGAUGUAGUGGCAGAUCAUUCACUGUAAUGAUGUGUAGAUACUUUCAUGCACAGAGGCUGAAUGAAUACUGUUCAUUUGAGUCACCUCUGGAUCACGUUCCCCUCACAGCACGAGGAAGUCUGUAUCCAUUUCAAAAUAAAAGUUCUUCUUCAAUGCCUGUUACACCCCCAAGUACAUUUGAUUAUGUUUUUUGUGGCUUGUUACGAACACGGAUGCUGAGAUAAACAUUUGACAGCAGGUUUUACCGCACCGACAAUCAACUUUGUAAGAGCAGGCAUCUCAUUUUGCAGAAAUCACAACAGAAGUCUUCACACGUCAGCGCUGAUUUAAGACCUUGGGAUUGCAAUUCAUUCCCUCACUGCAGCUAGCAGCUGCCAUUCAUAUGUAGCACAGACUUAUCUGUGUGUUAAUAGACAAACAUAUUGUAAGCAGCAGACUGAAUCUAACUUUAGUACAUUACUGCCGAGUUGCCUACAUUCACUAAAAUGCACAUGUGAUUGAAGACAAUUACAAUCAAAUCUGAUGGUUGUUCACCCUGUGGAACAAGGUAACAAGUCUAAAAAACAACUACAGUAUAUAAACCAGUUUAGUUUUGAGGUUGUUUGGCUUGGUGAUUAUGGUUAUUGAGCACCAAUGUAAAGCACCACACCAGCAACCACUGAGAGAAGAGACGACAAGUGUAAAGGUUAGUCGGUACUUCUGGAUAGCAAAUCAAAGCCAUGACGGUAUUCGUAAGUUCAUCACAGUCGUUCACAACUAAUCAUCAGUGCAGCUAUUUUCGACACAAUGGAAAAACAACAUUAAAACAUACAAGUUAGUCCUUCCUCUGCUUCCAUCUCAGAGCUCUGCUACAGUGGCUGGACAGCAUCACCACAUAUCAUGAUCAAAAUGAUAAUAGUCGUGACUCAACAUAGAAAAAUAAAUGUUUAUACACGGCCACUUUGCCCAAGUUAAAAUGGCACUGUGAGUGAUGAAUAAAAUUAAUAUUCAAGUAAAAAUAAAAAACAAAUACAUUUUGAAAAAAAAAAA